CUGCCAUCCCAAAUACCCAAAUACCUCCUGCUCCUCGCCGCCGCUGAGCCUGCCUCGCCUCACCCUACUACGCCGAGUUUUUCGUGACAGCCUUCGGCUACGCAGCGCGUAGCACAAAAAACACAGCCCGACUAGCCUAGCGGUCGCGUUUCGAGCUCAUCUUGGCACAACUAUCGACCACAUCCUUUUUCUCAGCAUCAUGCCGCCCGCUGCCUCCUGGUUCGACUACUUUCAAAGCGGGAAAUACAACCUCCUCCCCACAAAUGCGAGCCCCUCGACGACAUUCCUCAGCCCAGAGAUGACAACAAGAGCAUAUCUGGGCAAACGGCGGCGUCUUUUUCAGCUUUGUGCGAUGGUCGUCAUCGGGAUGCUGGUACUAGGUGGCAUCAUGAGGCAUACGGGCUUGCCAUCGCCGGCCUACCGAGCAUCAUCGUCCUUGGAUGAAGGCGCGUGUGACGACAGCGAGCGUGCAAUGUGGGGAAAGACGGAGCAGAUGGGUUGGCAGUCACCGGAAUCCGAGGGUCUGGUAGACCUCGGAGAGGUGGCUGAAGGGCGCUUCAGACUGAAUAUCAAGCCAGAACAGAGUAGCAUUGCAGAAUACUAUCGCCGGCUCUACGACUUUGCUGUCUCUCUCCCAAUGGGCCUCCAUUCCCCCUUCCUCUCCUCUUUGCAUGCCCACCUCCCACCUUCUCAUCCCGAUCUUGUACCCGACUAUCCCAACGCCCAGUCCUAUCUUCCAUCCAUGAUCUCCUACAAAUCCAUCCACAUGACCGACAAGACUUUCAACCCUUCCAACGAGUUGAUCCAGACCUGGCAGAGAGUCAACGAGAGAGACGGAUGGAAGCUCAACUUUUUGGACGACUCGGCUGCGGCCCAGUGGGUAGCAAAGGUGUUCAAGAGGAGUGAUGUCGAGUGGGCUUGGAAUUUCAUGCACCGAGGUGUGCUGAAAGCAGACUUUUUGCGGUACUUGCUGCCCCUGGUUGAAGGUGGUGUAUACUCUGACGUAGACACUCGCCCUAUCCGACCCGUCGAACAAUGGGGUACGACCGACCCUGAAAUCCUCGACCUCUCUGAAUCUGACGGGCCCAACUGGCGCUCCCAUCUCUCUACUCAUCCCUCGGUCAUUGUCGCUAUCGACGUCGACGUCCACGCUUUCCUCAACUGGCAAGACUCUUGGCCCCGCCCGCUCGGUAUCUGCCAAUGGACGCUCUCCUCCGCGCCGAAUCAUCCCAUCUUUCUCGAUGCGGUCAGGAGAGUGGUGAAUGCUUCGCAUGUCGUCGAAGAUUGGGAAAAAUGGAGAGAAGGAGAGAUUGAGAGGUUGGAGUUGGAAAAGGCGGAUGGAUGGGAGAAGGCGGUCGAAGAUCUCAAGAAGCAGAAGAGAGUUCAUGCGAUGAAUGUAAUGGAGUGGACGGGCCCCGGGCUGUUCACUGAUUCUGUCUUGGCCUUCCUACUCGCGAGGUACAACGUUACCUGGCACCGACUCCGAGGUCUUCACCACCCCUUACGGAUAGGCGACGUCUUGAUAUUGCCCAUCACCGGCUUCUCUCCGGGCGGGCAGGAGGACUUUAGGGCUGAGGGACCGGAUUCGCCUCAAGCGAAUGUCCUGCAUAACUUCCGAGGUAGCUGGAAGGGUGAUGGAGCGUGAGCACGAUAAGGACGUUGGAUAUCUCGCGUUCAGGGGCCGAGGGCAUCCAAAAGUGUUACAAUAUAGAUCUGUUUCUUUUGCGGCGUAUCUCUAUUCUGUGUAUCAGUAUUCGCAAUGACUCGAGAUUUCCCCUACACAACAGGCUAGUCCUGUAUAGACCAUCCUCUUUUCAUGUGAUUGCAUAAUCGGUAUCUAUUCUAUAAUCUCGGGUACUUUCCCUAGAUGGCACGCACAUAUACGAGUUUCGCAUGAUGUAGCGAUUUGAUGCUACUUGCAUUCACAUACUUAUCGUGCUGUCCAUGUUCAGACCUCUUCAAGAGGCAAGAGGCCAAAGUAGGCGAGUCCAGG